UCCCCAGCUAGGCUGCUUCAAGGAAGUAAGUUGACCGAAGCGGAUCUCAUGACCCCUUCUGGAUUCCCUUCAUCUUCCAUGAAGCUUCAUCCCCAUGAAGCAAAAAUCUUUGCUUGGAGAAGAACUUUGGAUUUUGGAAAUGGGAUUUUCUUCCAUGACCGUUUAUAUAAAGGUCUGACACAAACAGAUGCUAUAGCAUUCAAAGGCAGCACAGAAAUUGAAGGACCCUUUGUGGACUAUCUUGGAAACCAAUAUGGAAAGCCAGCUCUGCUUUCAGGCCCUGUUGUCCCAGAGCCACCCACGUCUCGUUCGGAUGAAAAAUGGGCUCGAUGGCUAGAACAAUUCAAGGGAUCCGUAGUUUAUUGUGCAUUUGGAAGCGAAUGCAUGUUACAGACAGCCCAAUUCCAAGAAUUGUUGCUUGGUCUUGAGAUGACAGGGUUACCAUUUUUGGUAGCACUACUUAAGCCACCAGGUGGAUUCGAGUCCGUUGAAGCAGCCAUGCCAGAAGGAUUCAAGGAAGAGUUAAAGAGAGGGAUUAUUUACGGAGGAUGGGUUCAGCAACAAGUGAUCUUAGCUCAUUCAAGUGUAGGUUGCUUCAUAACGCAUUGUGGGGCAGGGUCUAUAACAGAGGGAUUGGUGAACAAGUGUCAGUUAGUGUUGCUUCCACAAACAUUACCAGAUCACAUCAUGAAUUCGAGGAUGAUGAGUUCUGAAUUGAAAGUUGGGGUUGAAGUAGAAAGAGGGGAAGAAGAUGGUUUGUUCCCGAGAGGAAGUGUGUGUAAGGCUGUGAAGAUUGUGAUGGAUGAUGAGAGUGAGACUGGGAAAGAGAUCAGAGAAAACCAUGCAAAAUUGAGAAGCUACUUGCUAAGCAACGAUUCGGAGUCUUCUCAUAUGGACCGUUUUUGUGAGAAGCUACGUGAUUUACUCAGGUGAUUUAUUUAUUGGUUCCACCUAAAACGGAGGCUCUUGAGUUUAUGUGGUUCAUGCUUUUGAGUUUUACUCUUUCGGGUGAUUUAUUGUUGUGCGUGGUGAAUAUCUUUCACUUUGGCUUUCUUAUUGUUCAUGUGCUUUUGAGAUGAUUCUAAGCUAAAAUGGUAUCUAAGUUAUCAAUUUCUUAU